GGGAGGGGGUUGUAGGGCGAUGCGGCACCUGCGCGCAGAGUAGACUCGGAGAGGCCUUUUCUCCUGGUCAGUUGUACCUCCUCCCCGUCUAUACACUUGCAGGAUGCUGAUAAGGGAGCAGCGCACAGACCUGGAUACUCUCAGUGACUGCUGACGAACUUCUUCCGGCUGUGGUGGCUAUUCCACUGCUUUUGUCUCCAGACUACAAGAUGUCCUAUUUUGGGGAGCAUUUUUGGGGUGACAAGAACUCUGGCUUUGCUGUGUUGUACCACAAUAUGAAACAUGGUCAGCUGUCUGUCAAGGAGCUUGCAGACUUUGUGCGUGAAAGGGCUGCUGUUGAGGAGGCUUACGGCAAAUCUAUGCAGAAAUUAUCAAAGAUGGUGAGCAGCGGAAGUCACCUAGGGACUUUUGCCCCAAUGUGGGAGAUGUUCCGGGUGUCCUCUGACAAGCUUGCUCUCUGCCAUCUGGAACUGAGUAAAAAACUCCAUGACCUUAUCAAGGAAAUAAACAGAUAUGGGGAAGAACAAGUCAAAAUGCACAAAAAGUCCAAAGAGGAUAUGUCUGGCACUUUAGAAGUCAUACAACUGCUACAGUGCAGUUCUCAACUUCUCCAGAAAUCACGGGAGAAUUACUGCAGCAGAUUUUCUGAGCAGGAGCGGCUUAGGAGAGAAGGAUCACCACAAAAAGAAGUGAACAAGGCAGAACUGAAGACCAGGAAGGCAGCGGAGUCUUUGCGCUGCUCCGUUGAGAAGUACAAUGCUGUACGCAUAGAGUUUGAAGGGAAAAUGUUGCAGUCUGCGCAGGCUUUCCAGGACACAGAGGCAUCUCACCUUAGACACAUGAAGCACCUUGUUGCAGCCUACUCACACUCGGUAGAGGACACACAUGUACAGAUUGGGCAGGUACAGGAAGAGUUCAAUCACAACAUGGAAAAUGUGGCAAUUGAGAAGCUAAUCAGGAGUUUUGCAGAAAACAAUGGCACUGGAACAGACAGACCAGACGCUGUGGAAUUUGAAGGUUUUCGCUUUCCCACCCCUCAAGAAGGAGUAAAGCGUACAUGGUCCAAACCUUUCCGCAUUCGAGGAUUGAGCAAGAAGGAAAAGGGUACUCGCCCUGUGGAAGCCUUGGAGCCAGAAUGUGUUGAUAUUCCAGAUGUAGAUGAAGAAGGUUAUACGAUCCGUCCAGAAGAUAAUGUAACCAGGGGCAAUGCAGUUCACUGCUGCUCCUCAAGCGACUCUGAUUUUGAUGAUGAUGAUGAGCCUCGGAGAUUCCGAAUUCUAAUCAAACCCCCUCAGGCUGGAGAGCAUGACGGAGACCAGGAAGCUGAGAUGAAGAGGCUACGGGACACAGUGGGAUAUCUGAUGCAGCCACCAGCUGCAGGGGUGUCUGUGAGGCGACAGACUACACGUGCUGUAGUUCGUGCUGGUGUUGCUUCUGGAGAUUCCCAAGGACUUGCUUACACAGAUAAAGGUUCUGCUACUUUAUCCAGCACUCCUCCAUCCUCGCUCCCUAGCAGCUCUGAUAUCGGUUCUGUCUGCCGCUCCCUUCCUUCCCAGUUUGGUCCUCUACUGGAAUCUGCCUUUGAGUCUGAAAAUUUUACAGGGUGCCAGUCAUACAAUCUCAACUCUAGCCCAUCUCCUUUUUCCUCCUCUUCGCCAGAGAACGUGGAAGACUCUGGCUUGGACUCUCCUUUCCAUCCUUUCUCUGGACCUUCACCGGAUUCUCGUCCCUGGACUCCUCGUGAUGAUUCUUCCCCUGGUGAUUCCCUUUUGGCGCCACCCUCCUGCUCUGAAUCCCCAGAUGAUCUCCCUAGUGAUAUUGCUUCUGACCUGCAGACAUCUGGAAGCUUAGAAGCUUGGGAGGAAAAAGUAACAAAUGACAGCCCUCCAGUCAUAACAACCUUGGGCACAACAGAAUCCCCUUCAAAUAAACCUGAUUCAUGGGAUCCAUCCGGUCUUUACUCCUCUUUGUGCUCCCGUACCGAACCCCCACCCCCAAUGCCCCGUGUGCAGCGGAGCAUCAACAUGGGCAAUUCUGUCACCCACUCCCUGUUGAGCCCAAGUGCACCCUCUUCAGCACUCAGCGAUCGUGGUUUCUUCUCGCCUUCAUCCUCAGGAGCUGGAAUAUCCUUGGGGUUAUCUCGUGGACCAAGUCCUGUCAUUCUAGGAUCUCAGGAGUCUCUCCCCCUGGCUGCAGCUUUUACAGAAUACGUACAUGCUGUGUUUGAAGGGGGACAUUUAGAAGGUUCUGGUGUGCGGAUUUCUGGAGAACUCACAAUGUCCUUUCCAGGAGGAAUACUUCGUGUGCUUGGAAGCCCCACUCCACCUCCUGUACUCAGCUUCCGAUUGGUCCACACAUCACAUGUGGAGCUCUUCACUCCUAACACUGAUCUACUAUACAGUGAUUUAUCUCAGAAUGACCCUAACUGUAGAGACUUCUGGCUAAAUAUGCCAAGAUUAACCUCUCAUCUUCAGAACCUAGCUGAGCAUAACACAGCUCCUUACUACAAUGUCAUGCUGCUCAAGUACCAGGUGUUUAAGGCAGGUGUUCCUGCUGCACCCCUACAGCUUUCAACUUCCUGGAUCUGUAGUCCCUCAUCCACAGAGUUUAGUUUGGAGUACAAGCAGAACAUGGCAGACCUAUGUGACCUUCACUUUAUGCUGCCCCUGGAAGAACCCUUGUCCAAUCUUCAGUUUGACCCUCCAGCUCGCUGUGCUGACAGACGGUUGCUGUGGCAGAUCCCACAAACGCUAUCUGGAAAGGAUCAAGAAGGUUGGCAAAGGCUUUCUGCUCGAUGGCAAACACUCCGCUCGCAUAGCAGUCCUACUCCAGCCGCAGCUCAGUUCACAUAUGAAGGCAGUACUUUGUCUGGGGUAGAUAUUGAACUAGUGGGAUCUGGGUACAGGAUGUCCCUUGUCAAGAAAAGGUUUGCAGCAGGAAAAUAUAUUGUUUGCUGAAAAAAAGAUGUCCUUGCCUUGCAUCAACAUACCCCUUCAACAAUCUACUUCUGUCCUUUGGGCUUCGGACUUCUGAUGCUGAUACUACUGAUGC